CACCCGGAAGUGAGAAACAGGAAAUAGAUCAUGGAGGACAAUAAUAAGGUACACCCAAGCGUGGGUUUCGAAGGCUGGGACAGAUAUCGGGCGGUGAAGAAGGGAUCCCAGAACCAUGGCUUUCCCUGAGCCAAAGCCGCGGGGCCCGGAGCUGCCGCAAAAACGGUUAAAGACGCUGGAUUGCGGGCAAGGGGCAGUGCGAGCCGUGCGCUUUAAUGUGGAUGGCAAUUACUGCCUGACGUGUGGCAGCGACAAGACCCUGAAGCUGUGGAACCCGCUUCGGGGGACGCUGCUGCGGACAUAUAGCGGCCACGGCUACGAGGUGCUGGACGCGGCCGGCUCCUUUGACAACAGCAAUCUCUGCUCUGGCGGUGGGGACAAGGCGGUGGUGCUGUGGGAUGUGGCAUCAGGGCAGGUCGUGCGCAAAUUCCGGGGCCAUGCGGGGAAGGUGAACACGGUGCAGUUCAAUGAAGAGGCCACAAUCAUCCUGUCCGGCUCUAUCGAUUCCAGCAUCCGCUGUUGGGACUGCCGCUCUCGGAGACCUGAGCCAGUGCAGACACUGGAUGAGGCCAGGGAUGGUAUAUCCAGUGUGAAGGUGUCAGACCAUGAGGUACUGGCAGGCUCUGUGGAUGGCCGAGUGAGGCGCUAUGACCUGAGAAUGGGACAGCUCUUCUCAGACUACGUGGGCAGCCCCAUCACCUGCACCUGCUUCAGCCGGGACGGGCAGUGCACCCUCGUGUCCAGCCUGGACUCCACACUGCGGCUUCUAGACAAAGAUACAGGGGAGCUGCUGGGCGAGUACACAGGCCAUAAGAACCAGGAGUACAAACUGGACUGCUGCCUGAGUGAGCGCGACACGCACGUGGUCAGCUGCUCUGAGGACGGGAAGGUGUUCUUCUGGGACCUGGUGGAGGGUUCCCUGGCACUGGCCCUGCCUGUGGGUCGCGGUGUGGUGCAGUCGCUGGCCUACCACCCCACGGAGCCCUGCCUGCUCACUGCCGUGGGGGGCAGCGUCCAUUGCUGGCGAGAGGAGGCUUACGAGGCAGAGGGAGGAGAAGGCUGAAGCCAGGGACCCACCACCAGGACCAAGGACCAACGCACGGACUCAGAAGGACCACGACACCAUUUAUUAUAGAUACACUGCUGUCCAAGGCGGACAUGGGGGUUUGGUCUACAAACUAAUAAAUAGAGGCUGGGGCGAGGCCUCCCUGAGGCC